CGCUCUCGCGUCCAUCUGCUGGAAUAAACCUGCACCGUGCACGACAACCCCCUCCAUCUUUCCUCCAAGUACCAAGCCAUUACAGGCUUAACAACACCAGGGAAUAAAGAUGUCAGGGAUGAACCAGGUGGUUGCAACAUGCUGGACUUGCCUCCUGCUCUCUGCUUUCCUGUUUGAGCCAACGCUGUCCAAAGGUGGACGUGGAGGGUCACGGGGUUCCUCUCGAGGGUCUCCCUCCCGCAGCUCCACAGCGGGGACCUACAGGGGAGGAGGCACCUAUGGCGGGACCCGCUCUCGCUUCAGGGUGGCAGGGCGAACGUCACCGGUGAGAGUGGCAAGUGCGGCAGCAGCGGGGGCAGCAGUGGCGUUAACGGCAGACAAAUGGUACGCAUCUGCCUACCGACGCAGCAACGCAGACAGCUCAGAAGAAGAGCUGGAUUUCUACAAUAGGACCAAUUACUUUGAUGCUCUAAUGUCAGGCUCUACUCAAAACGGAUCUUUUCUCUCUAAGGUGGUUUCUGUCAUUAUUUCAGUGUUUUCUCCUAAAUAUGGACUCUUCCUGGACAGUAUACUGUAGAUAUUUGGAUGCUUUUUAGGACACAUCUGUGAUUGGGUCAAAGACUGUGCUUCUAUCCAGGAUGUAAUUAUAAUGUGCAGAACUGGCUGGAACCUGCACUGGAAAGACCAGUUAGAGCGGCCACACAGGAGUAGAAGAACAGAAUCAGAAAAACAUCACUGUACUGUAUGUUUUUACACUUAUUCCAAUUGCCAAAAACAGGCUACAUUACCAGCACUGUAUUCAUUGUGACAUUUCACCUCUCAGAGUUCACCUUUGACAAAUAAUUCAGCAUAUGUGACAGAAACUAUUGUUAUUUCCACCCUGAAAGCUUAAUUUAAUAACAUAUCAGCAAAAUGCCAAUGGCUCUAACUGAGCUACUUUCAGUCAAUUUUAACUGUACUGCCAAAUUAAAUAUAUAUAUAUACUUUUAAUAAUAUGCACAAAAAAUGCAAAGUGACCUGUACUACAGCUCUGUACCAGUGAGGAAAAUUAUCUCUAUGUAAAAGCAGAAAUGGAUAUUAAUAUAAAGUUUGGACUUGCUGCAGUUCAUAUAAAACACUGAAAUACAGGUUAUUAGUUACUUUAUAGGGGUUUUUAAAGUGAAAAGGACCUGGCACCAGCAUUUUCUCACCCCUGAAAUUAAACAGUACUAGGAAUUUUUCUCUGUAAUAUGAACAUAUUUAUUUUAUAAAGGACAAGCCUUUUUGUUCAAUUUCUGACCUCAAGCAAUGCAACAUUUCACUUCAUUCUUUCUGUAAUAGUUAUGCUUUGAUUUGAAUGAUAAAAUAAGAGUAUAUAGGAGUUGCUGUGCAUUGGGAAAGCUAAUUUUCCACAAUCAUCUUCGCAUUCUAAACACCUGAAUUUCAGCCGAGACCUGCGUAUGAACCAUGACGUGGAUGAGACGGACAUGAGCAAACCAACCGCUGCUCUCAGGAGUGAUUCACGUCUCAGAAGGUUUUCAUGGUGUUUUCACCCUCCGAAAAAAACAAAUAAAUAAAAAAAUCUACCUACAGAAGACACUCAGGAGCAACAGACUGUUCCACGUUUAUAAGUGCACUCUAUUAUAUGCUACACUAAUGUAAAUAAUA